AUGCCUGUACCUGCGCUCAGCAAAGAGGAGAUCUCGGAGCGCAUUGCGAAUGGACCCAAUGUAUGGAUCGCCGCAAGUGACGGUGAUUUGGACCGUGUCAAGUUUUUGCUAGAUCACGCUGAUGUCACGCCCACGUCCAAAGAUGCAGCGGAGUAUACGCCCUUGCACGCAGCUGCGUCGUAUGGCCAUCAUGAUCUACUGCGCUUUUUAACGGAGUACAAAAACCAGCCACCGGAAGCCAUUGAAGUAGAAGAUGAUGAAGGCGAUACGCCGCUCUUCUUCUGUGACAAGGAAGAGACAGCCAAAUUCCUCGUGGAGGAGCUGGGUGCCAAUGCGAAGCAUAAGAAUCAUGCCGGCUUAACGGCAGCGGAGAAUGCGCUGGUCAACGAUUUGGAGGAUGUGGCGCGCUACCUGGCCAGCGUGACAGGGGCCACUCUUCCUUCUCGCGCCGAGUUGCUGCUGCGCACAGGGGAGGAGGACGAGGACGAGGAGACUGAGAAUGCCGCCUUGGAAGCACGGUUGACAGAGGUGCCAGAGUCGGACGCAGAGGGCGUUUCGGAUGAGCAAGUGGACGAGCUCAUGCAACGUGUCGAGGAGAUUAUGCGGAACGCGGACGAGACAGGUGCCGAUCCUACAGAGCAGCUCCGUGAGGUCGUGGGUGCAGGCAUUAUGCGGCAGAUCAUGGAAGGCUAUCAACGAGACUAA